CGUAGACGUGUGAACAUUAUCAGGCCGUCAAGGCAAACAGAAGCAGGCCGGGUUACUACGGACACACCCAUCCUCUGUCAAAACGUGUCGAAGCAAGAAGAGCAAGCCUUUGGCGUGAGACGCGGGUAGAAAAGCGCGGAGUAGACGUGGGUGGGUCGGAGCGCGUGGGCAAACUGGAAAGGUAAAAGGAGGAGAGGAGAAAAAGCGUUCACCUGAAAGAGAACCGGUCGAGCUUCGCCUGCGCUCAUGGGGUCCUCUCACUCGGUGAGUACGCGUCCGUGUUUUUGUUUGUUUGUUUGUUUUUUUCCCCCCAGAGUUUUUACGCGCGACAAGAAUCUCGAGACGUGCUCACGCGCACACGAACGCUGUAAUACCGCUGUAAUGUUUCUAAAGAAAUGUCAAAGUCAGCUUUGGAUCGAACAAAUUUGGUAUUUGACGCUUGAUGAAGAACUUUAAAAACAAAAGAGAGAGAAAGAAAUCCAAACAAAUCCUGUCCAGCUGAAUCCGUGCCUUCCACGUGAGGUGCAGUUUCGGGGAAUGGAGAUGCCCCGCAGUAACGGCAGCUGUGUCGCCAAGGAGAGUAUUGUAAGUACUCCAGCUGCCACAGUGACGGGCACUCUCAUUCUCUCCAUGGUGUUUCUGUUGGGAUUCCCCGGAAACCUCUUCGUCAUCUGGAGCAUCCUGGCGCGGGCCCGAAAGCAAUCCGUCACGACCCUUCUCAUCCUCAACCUAGCCAUUGCGGAUGGCUCCCUGAUGGCUCUGACCCCGUUCUUCAUCGUCUAUCUGGCUAUGAUGGACUGGAAAAUGGGGACUGUGAUGUGCAAGGUUCUGUUCUACCUCUGCUUGGCCAACAUGUACGCCUCCAUCUACCUGAUCAUGCUGAUGAGCAUUUACAGGUUGGUGUCGAUCGUGUGGCCCCAGCGCAUCAGCGCGAUCACCAGCAAGAGGACGAUCACACGUGUGUUGGCUGUCAUGUGGUUGCUCAUCAUGGUUGCCUCAAUUCCUGCGCUGAUCUAUCGAGAAGCGAGGCUUAAUGCAGGGAACAGAACGGUUUGUGAUUCAUUCCACGACAAAGACCCAGAUGCAGUUCUGCAGUACAUGCUGGAGGUUGUGUUGGGCUUCGUGGUACCUUACGGAAUCAUUUUAGUCAGUUACAUUUGCAUCCUGAGACGGAUCCGGCAGACCAGAUUCCGCCGCAGGAUCCGCAGCGAAAAGCUAAUCCUGGCCAUCGUGGUGACCUUCUGCCUGUUUUGGUUACCCUACCACAUCAUCAACAUGGUGCAAGUUGCAUCGGCUUUGCUUCCAGGAUGUUCACCAACAAGAGUAGUGUUGGAGAAAAUAUGGAAGAAGUUUCGUGCCGUUACCUCCACAGUCGCCUUCAUCAGCAGCUGUGCCAACCCGGUGCUCUACUUCUUCGCAGGAAAGUCUUACAUCAGACGGGAGGGCGUGGCGUUCAUGGCUCGCUUGUUUGAGGGCACGGGCUUGGACUUCUCCAGGAAGAGCCGAAUGAACAGCCAGAACAGCCGGGACAAGGACAAAGACGCGGAAGUUGUGCUGCAAGGCAAGGAUGGAGACUUUUCCACAACCUGAAACUCUUAACAUCAAAUCAACAAAAACGGAAAAUAGAAGUGAACCCCCGCUCCGGUCUUGAAAUCUUUCUUCCGUCCAAAUGUUAAAAAACAAGUUUUACAAAGACUUGAAGAGUCUGUAGCACCAAGAAAGAUUCAGCGGAUCGCCGAAGACGAACUCUUGGAUACAUUUGCAGACAAAAACCUGUUAAGAUGGUGAUGCUUCAUACAUACAGAAGUAUUUGAAAACGGGCCCAACACCCAUAUGAACCUUGGAAUAUCAGACAAACUGAGAGUCAUAGCCUGGGAUGCUUAGACGUCUAAGAAGUCUAAUUCAAGUCCUCUAACUUUGUACAUUCUGUUUCUACGUGCUUUUAAAUACAUUGUCUGCUAUUAAUUUGCUUGCUGAUGUCUUUUUCCUGGGGCAUCAACUUUUAUUAUCUUUGCAUAAAAGCAUUUUUAAGAAGUCAUUGAAAUAGAUGUGAAUUUUUAGAGCUUUUGUAUAAAAAAGAAUAUUGUGUGCUUCAUCAUAUCAAAACAUUGAAAGAGAGUACUGGUAUCACUUUAGCGUCCUUCUCAUGUUUGCACUACAUGGCUGUUCCAAACAUGAUUUUGUAAUUCCCUCUCCAGGACAAUAAUGUUUAGUUUCACAAUACAUGCCACUAGAUGUCACCAUUUCCACCCUUCUUUCUUUCUUUCUUUCUUCCUUUCUUUCUUUCUUUCUUUCUUUCUUUCUUUCUUUCUUUCUUUCUUUCUUUCUUUCUUUCUUUCUUUCUUUCUUUCUUUCUUUCUUUCUUUCUUUCUUUCUUUCUUUCUUUCUUUCU